AUGUUUACGGCUGGACGCUAUGAAUUUACCAAUAAAGGUGGCGAUAUUUUCAUUGAAUCAUUGGCGAGAUUAAAUCAUUAUCUGAAAACAACUGUCGAUCCACGUUAUCGUGAUGUUACCGUGGUGGCUUUUAUCAUUUAUCCCGCUGCGGCAAAUUCAUUUAAUGUUGAAUCACUGAAAGGACAAGCGGUAACAAAACAAUUACGAGAAUCGAUUGAUAAAAUUAAGGAAAGUAUUGCUGCGAGAAUGUAUGAGUCAUGCCUCAAGGGGCAUAUUUUAAAUAAGGAUGAAUUAUUGCUACCAAUCGAACGAAUUCAGUUAAAACGAUGCAUUAUGGCAACGGCAAAACGUGAAUUACCGCCGGUCUGUACACAUAAUAUGUUAGAUCCAUCCGAUCAGGUACUAAACGCUCUCCGACGCACCCAACUUCUCAAUAAUCCCAGUGAUCGAGUUAAAGUUAUUUUCCAUCCAGAAUUUUUAUCAUCAGUUUCACCGCUAAUAGGUCUUGAUUAUGAGGAAUUCGUUCGCGGAUGUCAUAUCGGUGUCUUUCCAAGUUACUAUGAACCCUGGGGCUAUACGCCAGCAGAAUGUACAGUGAUGGGUGUACCAUCUGUGUCCACUAAUCUUUCCGGUUUUGGUUGUUUCAUGCAACAAAACGUGGCAGAUGCCGCAUCAUACGGUAUCUACGUGGUGGAUCGUCGAUUUAAAAAUUGCGAAGAUUCAAUACGUGAUUUAGCGCAAGCAUUGUAUGAUUUUUGCGGACUUUCACGGCGUCAACGUAUCAUAAUGCGCAAUCGUACGGAACGUUUAAGUGAACUCUUGGAUUGGAAAAAUUUGGGAGUAUUUUACAGAGAUGCACGAAGAUUGGCACUGGAAAGAUUGCAUCCAAAUUUGGAUGAAAUAAUUAGCAAUAAUAUUGGUAAAGUACCAUCGAUAUCACAAAGUCGUCGGCCAAGCUUUACUGAAUAG